GUGUGGUUUAUCGGUGCUGGGGCUGUACCUGGGCUACCUGCACCUGUACAGGUGUGCGGGGUCACGGUUACCGCUCAUGGUGUGGGUUAUCUGUGCUGGGCUGUACCUGGGCUACCUGCACCUGUACAGGUGUGCGGGGUCACGGUUACCGCUCAUGGUGUGGGUUAUUUGUACAGGUGUGCGGGGUCACGGUUACCGCUCAUGGUGUGGUUUAUCUGUGCUGGGGCUGUACCUGGGCUACCUGCACCUGUACAGGUGUGGUUUAUCUGUGCUGGGCUACCUGCACCUGUACAGGUGUGCGGGGUCACGGUUACCGCUCAUGGAUCUGCUGCUCUCCGGGCUGCUCUCGGUGCUCUGGCUCUGCUCCUCCUGUGCCUGGGCCCAGGGGCUCGGCCACGUCCGCCAGGCGGUGACCGCGCCCCUCCCCCACUGCCCCGCCCCCAGCGGUGACGUCACCUGCGAGCGGGCGGCGGCCACGCCCAUGGGGGGGCUGGGGGCGUCCGUGGCCUUCGGGUUCCUCAAUCUCCUGCUCUGGGCCGGCGGCUCCUGGUUCGUCUACAAGGAGACCCCUCUGCACCGCCCGGCCCCGCCCCCCGACCCAAGCCCCGCCCCCAUGUGACCCCGCCCCUCCCCCUCUCUCUUUUGUAGCUGUGCCAAGUUUGGGGGCGGGGCUAAAAAAAAUGGGGGGGCGGGGCCGGGG